AUGCCAAACAUGGAAGUAGUGUCAUCUCUCGGAUUCCGAGACCUCCCAUCCCUCACACUAACCUCAAACCUCAACCACCGUCCUCCUCCUUCCUUCAAACGCAGAGGCCCGGCGAAAUAUCCUGCCAGACCCGGCAGAGCUAGACGCCCUUCAACAUCUCCCGCCAAAAAGCCAAAACCUUUCAACGAAAAAGACGCUUUCCCUUCUUCCCUCCCUCUCCACUCCAAAAACCCACACAUCAUCCACAGAAACCUCCAAACCCUCGCGAGACAGAACAAACUCGAAGACGCUCUCACGAUCCUCGAUUAUCUCGAACAGAGAGGGAUCCCAGUAAACGCGACGACUUUCUCCGCGCUUUUAUCCGCCUGUGUUCGCCGGAAGUCGCUGAUUCACGGCAAGCAGGUUCACGUCCACAUAAGGAUUAAUGGGUUGGAGAAAAGCGAGUUCCUUGCGACGAAGCUCGUUCAUAUGUAUACUGCGUGUGGUUCGAUCGAAGAUGCACAGAAGGUGUUCGACGAAAGUUCUAGCUCGAGUGUUUAUUCUUGGAACGCGUUGCUUAGAGGGACUGUGAUAUCUGGGAAGAGGAGGUAUCAGGAUGUUGUGUCUACGUUUACGGAGAUGAGAGAGCAAGGGGUUGAUUUGAAUGUUUAUAGUUUUUCGAAUGUGUUCAAGAGUUUUGCUGGUGCUUCUGCUUUGAGGCAGGGGUUGAAGACGCAUGCUCUUGCGGUUAAGAAUGGUUUGUUUAGUAGUGAUUUUCUCAAGACUUCGGUUGUUGAUAUGUAUUUUAAAUGUGGUAAAGUAGGGCUUGCGCGUAGAGUGUUUGAUGAGAUUGGUGAGAGGGAUGUAGUUGUGUGGGGUGCGAUGAUUGCUGGAUUGGCUCAUAACAAAAGGCAGUGGGAAGCAUUGGGGUUGUUUAGGAUGAUGAUAAGUCAAGAAGGAAUGUAUCCGAACUCUGUUAUAAUUACAACGGUUCUUCCUGUUCUUGGGGAUGUUAAGGCGUUGAAACUGGGAAAGGAGGUCCAUGCUCAUGUGUUGAAGUCGAGAAAUUAUGUGGAGCAGCCGUUUGUUCACUCUGGUUUGAUUGAUUUUUACUGCAAGUGUGGGGAUAUGGUCUCUGGGAGACGGGUGUUCUAUGGCUCUAAACAGAGGAAUGCUAUUUCUUGGACUGCGUUGAUGUCUGGAUAUGCAGCCAACGGAAGAUUUGAUCAAGCUUUGAGGUCUAUUGUCUGGAUGCAGCAAGAAGGUUUUAAGCCAGACGUUGUUACCAUUGCUACUGUGCUUCCUGUUUGUGCUGAGCUGAGGGCUGUAAAGCAAGGAAAGGAGAUCCAUUGUUUUGCUUUAAAGAAACUCUUCUUGCCAAAUGUUUCGUUAGUCACUUCCUUGAUGGUGAUGUACUCAAAGUGCGGUGUUCCAGAGUAUCCUGUCAGACUGUUUGACAGGUUGGAGCAAAGGAAUGUGAAAGCUUGGACGGCUAUGAUUGACUGCUAUGUGGAAACAGGGGAUUUAAAAGCAGGGAUUGAAGUGUUUAGAUCAAUGCUGUUAUCAAAACACAGGCCAGAUUCUGUUACAAUGGGUAGGGUUUUGAGUGUUUGCAGUGAGCUCAAAGCACUAAAGCUGGGGAAGGAGAUUCAUGGGCACAUUCUGAAGAAGGAAUUCGAGUCUAUCCCUUUUGUUUCUGCAAGAAUCAUCAAGAUGUAUGGACAAUGUGGAGAUCUCAGAAGUGCUAACUUCUCCUUUGAUGCUGUUAUUGUCAAGGGCUCUCUGACAUGGACCGCCAUUAUAGAAGCUUAUGGAUGCAAUGGACUCCUACGAGACGCAGUGAACUGCUUUGAGAAAAUGAUAUCAGAAGGGUUUGCUCCCAACGCCUUCACCUUUACAGCAGUUUUGUCUAUUUGCAGUCAAGCCGGAUUUGCUGAUGAAGCUUGUCGCUUCUUCAACUUGAUGCACCGGACGUACAAAUUGCAGCCAACAGAAGAUCAGUAUUCAAUGGUUAUAGAACUUCUCAAUCGGUUUGGUCGUGUUGAAGAGGCGCAAAGACUUGUUAUCAUGAGUUCCGCGUCAUCCCUACAAACCUGA